AUGGCGAUCGGAAGUACGUUCGGUGUUGGUGCUCGGGCGAUGGGAAUGGGCGGUGCCUCGCUUGCCCUUGCUGAUGAUUUCACCGCGCUCUAUUGGAAUCCCGCAGGGAUGGCGCAGAUCCAAAAGUUUGAGUUGUUUAGUAGUUUUUCGCAUAACACGGCGAGUACGGAUGCGUACUUCACCGGUGAUGAGAUAACUGGGACAACACGCUCCCAAAUACGUCCGAAUUCGAUCGGGUUUGUUUAUCCAUUCCAUGCAAAGCGUGGAGGUUGGGCGAUUGCUUUCGGCUACAAUCGUCCACAGAAUUUCGACUAUCAGACUGCGAUUCAGGGGGUCGAUCCGAGUUCUGAUACUGAAUUCAGUGGACUUGCUGUUGAUGAGACUGACGUGAACAGUGGUGGCAUCGGGAUUUGGAGUUUCGGCACCAGUGUAUAUGUUUCAAAACGCGUUCUCAUUGGCGGUUCACUGGAUUUCUGGCAAGGUAAGAGCCUGAAUGAGUUGGAUACGACAGCGACGGAUCUGUUGAAGGUGGAUAGCGAGUUGUCGCGUUUCAGGUACGAUGACGAAAUUGACCGGGAGUACUCAGGUGUAGGUGCUCGGAUAGGGCUUCUGGCGCACCUGACGGAUGCUGUUAGUGUGGGUUUAACCUUGGUCGCACCUGUUGAAUUGGGGGUUGAUGAACUCUGGUAUCAAUCGACUCGGGCGGUUUAUGACGACGGAGAAGAGGUGUCCGAUUCUGUAGAUGGGGCGCAAGCGUUUGAUAUUGAGCGGCCCUUUGAAAUUGGAACGGGAAUUGCUGUGAAAUUAUUCAACAAGCAGUUGAUUUUGGCAGGGGAUGUCCAACUCACGGAUUGGACGCAGACCCGUUACGAUCCAGUUCCAGCGGACGACAUUUCGCAGGAUAAUUUUGAGGAGUUCUAUGCAACAACGCUUCAGGUGAGGCUUGGCGCGGAAUAUAAGAUACCUGCUAUCGGUACACAUAUCCGUCUCGGCUAUUUUCGGGAUACGAUUCCGUUCACCGAUGCUGAGGUUGAGAACGCCCGUGACUUCUUGACAGCAGGUGUCGGAAAAAUCUUCGAGGAUUCCCUGAAGUUUGACGUAGGAUAUAUGAUGGGAACUUGGCAGCGGAGCAGAAAUGAAUUGACCACGAAACAGCUUACACAUCGGGUGUUUGUAUCUGCUGCGUAUCGGUUUUAG